CGCUGCGACACUCCGUCCGGUUUUAAGGGGGGGAGGAAAAAAAGCGUUAGCUCGCUCAGUGAGCCACGCGCAUUUGGUUUUAUUUCAUAUUUAACGACAACAGGCAGACGACACAUUACCUUUCCAUAGCACCUUUUCAGGUUGCUAUCAUAUUUUUCCUCUCUCUUGCCAUUCACCAGGGCCGGACGGAUUGCCUCAGGGCGCGCGGUGUUCCGUUAUACAGUGCCGUCUCACAUUUCAUCUCCGUCUGUUCCGUUAUUUCUCCAUCAGUAGCGAGUCGUAGCUAGUAGACCGUACGUGCACCAUGGCUAAGGAAGACGACAAGGGAAACGGAUCAUGGAAGGAGUUCUUCUGGAACCCGCGGACGCACGAAGUGAUGGGGAGGACAGCGAGCAGCUGGGGCUUGAUUCUGCUCUUCUACCUGGUGUUCUACACCUUCCUGGCUGGGAUGUUUGCCCUCACCAUGUACGUGAUGCUGAUGACUCUGAACGAAUACCAGCCCACCUGGCAGGAUCGCCUGGCCAUUCCAGGAAUGAUGAUCCGACCAAAAGGACAGGCACUGGAGAUUAUCUACAACAUUGACCAAACUGAGAGCUGGGAUACAUAUGUCCAAAAACUGAAUAGCUUCUUGGGCCCGUACAACGACAGCCUGCAGGCCCUGAACAACGACGUGUGCCUCCCAGACCAGUUCUACGUGCAGGAGGACAGCGGCGAGGUGCGCAACAACCCCAAGCGCUCCUGCCAGUUCAACCGCACCAUGCUGGGCGACUGCUCCGGUCUGACCGAGCGCACCUUUGGCUACGAGAGCGGCCAGCCCUGCGUCUUCAUCAAGCUCAACCGGGUUAUCGGAAUGCUGCCAGGGAAAACCCAAUCUCCUUAUGUCACUUGUGGAGCUAAGAGAGAGGACACUGACAGCAUUGGGGAGAUGGCAUACUUCCCCAACAAUGGCAGCUUCAAUCUCAUGUACUACCCUUACUAUGGCAGCAGGUCACAGGUGAACUACUCUCAACCGCUGGUGGCUGUUAAAUUCCUGAAUAUCACCUAUAACAUGGACGUGAAUGUGGAGUGCAAGAUCAACUCAGACACCAUUACCGAGCUCAGUGAGAGGGACAAGUUCGCCGGACGUGUCUCCUUCAGGCUGAGAAUCAAUAAGGACAACUAGAGCGCCAGUAUCUGCCAACCAAAUGCGCGUGCACACCACUAACACACACACACACACACACACACACACACACACACACACAUACACCCGCUCAAAACAAACAUAUGUGUAUUGCAUUCUUUUUACACACAUAAACACAAACAAAUGCAUACAGGAUUUGAUACAAACCACUACAUACAUUUCACACACACACACACACACACACAAAUAAACACAAGCAAAAACAUAGAUACGCACAUACACACACUCUGCACGCAUAAACGCUCGCACAGUCAAGCAAUGUUUUCUAUCUGUGUCCUCUCCUCAACUGUAGUGAUUGUGAAAUCCCCACACUUACUACUUCCUGUGCCAGAGGGCUCAGAGGAUUCUGGGAAAUGUUGUACAAACAAUCCCAGUUGUCAGUCCUUCCCUACUCAAUUUACACCUCUGUUCAUUUUACAAAGAGAGAGGGGGGCAUGCUAUAAUGUGUGCGUAUGUGUUUAUGUAUGUGUUUCUGUGUGUGUUUGUGCAUUUGUGUGUGUGUGUGUGUGUGUGUGUGUGUGUGUGUGUGUGUGUGUGUGUGUGUGUGUGUGUGUGUGUAUGUGUGUGUGUGUGUGUGUGUGUGUGUGUGUGUGUGUGUGUGUGUGUGUGUGUCCAUAGAUGAACCUGUCAAAUUGUUUACUCCAUUAUUCACCCCACUGAGAGUUCCUGCCAGCCAUCCGAUUGCAACACACCCAAUCAGAAGCAGGGGGAGGGCCCAGAAGGUGAUGGUGCAGGGAGGGGGUAGUUCUUGACAAAGGAGCAGGGAAUUAUGGGUAAAUUAAUUUAGCCAUAUAAAUCUAAUUCACCAAUGAUGCUUAUGAUUAGAAUGUUGUUGUUGAUGAUGAUGAUGAUGAUGAUGAUGAUGAUGAUGACAUCUUUGGCAGGGUCAGUGUUACUGGUUUUGGUCAAGCAGGUGUCUCUCUGUGUUUUAUUGAUGCGUCUAUCUAAUCCCUUUAAUCUGUAAUCCUAAUCUGGAGGCACUCUCCUCUCCCUUCCCCCUUCCUUUCUGCUAUGCUGUCUCUUUCUCUGUUUUUCUUUUUUCCCUUCUUUCUUCUUCUCUGUUGGUCCCCACUGCCCGCUUUCUUUCCUAUUUCUGCCUUUCCUCUCUUUGCUCUGUUCUUGUUUGUAAUUGACCAGUUUUUUUUUAUUAUUUUAGUUGAUUAAUACACUCUAUUUCUUUCCAUUAUUUCUCUCUCUCUUCCUUCAUGUUUUAUUUGUUCUUCUUUAUCUCUACUAUGCUUUCCUGCUCGUUCUAUCUUUUCUCUGACCAAUUAUUCCCUCUCUACCUCUGUUGGUUGUUUGUUUUGUUUUGGGGCAUUGAUUAAGAAGGCUCCUGCUUCAUUCAUUGACCUAUUUAUUUAUUUUUACAUAUUUAUUCAUGAUUUUAUUGCAUUGUUGUUUUUUAUUUGGAUUGUUUAUGAUUGCAUUUAUACAUAUUUAUUUGACCAUGUUCAUGCACUGCUAGGGGGCUAAAUUUAUGAUGUGACCUCUAAAGUUGUUUCGUAAAAUAUCAUGGUAAAGUAAUGGUACACACGAAUCACUGAUAUAGCCCACAAAAAUACAGUACCUUUAUUUUCUGUUUUAAUGCAUAAACACACACACACACACACACACACACACACACACACACACACACACACACACACACACACACACACACACACACACACACACACACACACACACACAGAUAAACUCAUACGUUUUUUAAGCAUGCAGUACUCCAAAGUCUGGAGUGUGUAUUCGGUAAUUGUUAUCAUGGUUGCACUAUAUCGAUUUUUAAAUGGCUAAAACUCCAUUUAGCUCUUAAUUCAUAAACAACCAAUCAAGUUCCACGUUGAAAUGCCUGGACCAGUCACAUCAGUCAUAUUCUAUUGGGCCACAUAAUGAUCAUUUUAUGAGAAAUGUUAGACGAUUUCUUUUUUCUUUUCAUUCCUCUAUAAAAUCAUAUCUUCUUUAUCUUUUUUUGUCCUCAAAGCAAUAUAUCUUGAUUGUGUGUUGCGUGGCUAACUGUACAUAUUAUUGAGGGUGGGGGUGCAUUCCUCUUUCUCUUAGAGAGAGAGAGGAGGGGAGAGCAGUAUAGAACAGAGGGGAGGGGGUUAGGAUGUGUGUAAAAUAUCAAACCAUAUGAUUUGCCAAUGCUGAUCUUAAAAGUGUGUAGAUGACUGAUGAAGGUAGUCUCUGAAAAUAGCAUCCUGGUGUUUUUUUAUUAACGUCUUUCUUUCAAGUUAUUUAGAUUUACUGUUUUUGUUCCACUGUACAGAAAACGUUCAGUAGCACAGUACUGGACAAGACUGGAUUUUAGAGCUUAGCACUGGGGAGGAAAAAGUCAGUUUUUUCUAUUUCAGUUCUUGUUAGCCUGGCACUCAAUAAACUGAUUUGGUUAGCAUAUGGCUAAUAUGCAUGGGGCUAGUUAACAUGGCGCUAGUAAGAAACACAGUGAGCACAGUGCUAGCUCACUUUGAGCUGGUCAGUUUAUUUGUUGUCACCAUAAGGAUAGUGAUGCUGCUAUGAGGGUCGGCCAUGUUAGCGGCGUGGAUGUCUUUGGGGCUUGACUGUGUCACAAGACCACUUCCUUUUUCUCCCAGUAUUCCCUCCUUUCUCAUCGCCUGUUCUGUGUAUCGUAUUGUUUAUGUUUUUGGGGGGAGGGCACCAUAGUUUUACUUUGAGCAUAAUUUGAGCGUGUGAGUGAGUAUGUAUGUGUGUGUAUGUGCUCACAUUAAAAAGAGAGCAUCUAGAUAAAUAUAUAAAUAUAUAAAUAUAUAUAUAUAUAUAUAUAUAUGAAAAAACACAUCACUACAGACAUCGCCUUGACAUAAAAAAAAAAAAUCCCUUCAUAUCACCUCUGGUCUGUUCAUGGGAAAAAUAUGUUUACAUGGUGCAGCACUAAUCCAAUCAACACAAUUUCUUAGUAGACUCUUGCCCAUUCAGGCCAAUCAAACCCUUCCCCAUAUCAAUAGGAGGGAGAGAGUACAGGCCACUGCAGAGUCACCACCAUAUUGUAGAGCAAAAAAUUGACCAAAAAUGGAUUGGAGUGCCCUCUGUGUAUGGCACACUGGGUCUCCACACACAACUUCUCACAUACAUAUCCAUAGAACACCUCAUUGAUACUGUCCCUUGUAGUGCUAUCCUGUUCCCAGUGCAUGAGGACUGGAGAAGGGACAGUCUUUUGUUUUAUUUCAGACACUGCCUGUUGCAACUGCCAUACAUUUCACAUGGGAAACACUAGUGGCAGCGGUGUGGUUAAAUGAGUCUUCGGCACAAUGGGCAAAGCAUCUGUGCCACAGCUGAGGAGUGAGGAGACAUGUCACUAUUUACACUGUUUAUGAGUAGUCAAUGGUCAACCAUGUUUGAGUCAUUUCGAAGAGAGAUAGGUAAGGGGCAUCCAGGGAUGAGUCACCUCACUGACUACACCCACUCUCUCUCAGGUCAGUGCCAUAGACUCAGAUGACCAGCUAGUUUCCACCCAGUACACCAGCCAUCUGGUCAAACUCCCAGUAAGAUCAUACCUCAUACUUCAAGCUGUGCUUACAUCUGCAUGGUGGCUAAUAGCAUUAGUAAAGUGAACCAAGGUCUCAGCAAUUCUGUGGUUGUCAGCAAAUAGAGAAUGACGACUAGUGCCAAGGUAUCGCAUUUGACCUGCCCAAGAUGGCUGCUCUCAUGCACUGGGUUGGCUGCAUAGCUGCACAACAUCUCUCAUCUUCAUUCCAUGAGCCCCUGAGUAGCUCUGUCCUGUCCCAUUGUGAUGUCAUUAUUGUGUGACGGCUUCUAGCUCUAGUCUUUCUGUCUAGACGUCGUCUGUGUACCUCACUCUGGUACCGCUGAGUCAGAAGCAUGUGCCUUCAUUGUCUCUUAAUAUUCUGCCCGUUAGAAACAAACACACACACAUACACACCAACCACCACCACAACAAGCGUUGAUGUCAUUCACAAACACACUGUUCAAACUGAACUUGUACACACAACACACACUCUCUCAUACACACACACACACACACACACACAAAUGGACACAUUCCAUCAGUCUUGAUCCAGCUGAACUCGUUCCAUUGUGUUCCCUGUCAAUCUUGAGUCUUACUGUCAGUCACACUGGUUCUCUCCACCACCCCCAACACCCCAGCACCUCGCCUGCCCCAGUCAGACCCCCACCGUCCACUAAUGCGUCCACUCACUGCACUGCCCACUGCUCAGCACUGACUUUAACUGCACUGUUGACUCAUCGAUGAAUCCUCCCUCAAACACACACACACACCACUCAUGCGUGAUGCUGACUGUCUGUGGCCGUUCCCCUCAUCUGUACUCCAGACUCCUCUGUGCGAAAGUGAUUUCUUCUGCUCUCAUCUCUCUCCAUUUGGGUUUACUGUUCAAUCAAACACUGCUCAUGACAUAAUAGAUGUAAUUAAAGAAUUAAUUGAAUAUACCGUUAUUUACAGUAUAUAUUGCCUGACUAAUAAAAAAUACAAUUGUGGAAACCUAUAUUCAAAAAAACAAGAAUAUCAUUGUAAAUGAAAAAUGGGAAGUAAGAAAUAAUAAAACAUUUUUUUGUGUUUAAAA